AUGCCGUCACUCAAAAUCAUUCUCAAACAGGCCAACAACUUGCCAGCCAAAGACUCUACGGGCACUUCAGAUCCUCUCGUCGUAUGCACACUCAAUGGAAAAUCAGUAUUUAAAACCGAACCAAUCAUGAUGACACUCAAUCCCGUGUGGGACGGAAAUACCAAAAUUAAACACGAAUUUACAAUUGAAUUAAAAGAUAUUUAUCAUGAUCAGUUGAUACUGGAAGUGAUGGACUACAACAUUUUUACAAAAAACAAACCCAUUGGUUCUACAGUAAUUCCAUUAACGCUUCUUGAAAGGAAGCCUCAAAUAGUAACCUAUUGUUUGUCGGAUUCAAAAUUUAAUGGACCCGCUGGUACCAUUACCGUCUUGUUGGAGCCUUUGGAUUUUGGCAUUUCGCAUUCUCUAUCGGGAAAUAAUUUGAAUGGAAUGGUGCAACAACAACCACAACAACCACAACAACAACAACAAAUUGUAAAUACUACAACCAUACCACAGCAACAACAACAACACCCACUUCAAAAAUCAUCAGCCAUGAAUCAAUCCUUUCAUAACUCUCCACAGGGAUUUGUUCCACAACCCAACACCAAUCAACAACAGGCCUCUUAUAAUAACAUGAGGUCACAGAGCGUGAUUGGCAAUACAUCACCUCAUCUGAAUAAUAAUCAACCACUUCAACCACAAAUGCAGCAAAAUGUCACUCCACCAACAUUUAAUGGAAAUAAUCAAGCAACCAUGGGCGUGAUGAACCCUAGCUAUGGAUCGACUUCACCUAAUGCCUUUUCACAACAGCAACCUCUACCACAACAAAAUCAGGGUCUCUAUAAUCGAACUCAGAGUUUUAUUCAACCCAAUGCUUCGCUCUAUACUGGAGGAUCACCUUCAACUUCGUUCAAUAGUGUUUCUGUGCAUUCAACAAAACGAGAUCCAAAACCUCUACCAACGCUUCCUCCAAAAUCAUCCACAGAUCCAUCGGUCACGAGUAUCGAAUCUAAGAGACCACCAUUUAAUUCAUUUAAUGGUGUUGUUGAUGAUGCCUACAUUGAUUAUGUCAUUUCACAGUGUCCCAUUCCCUCUCCUCCAUUUUACUCCAAAAGUUUUAAUUAA